AUACAGUCUGCCCUAGAACUUGCCACCUUCUUUAAGUUCAAAGUGAAUAACCAGCUGAGUUUGUUUGGAAAUAUCAAUAAUGAUAAAUAUUACAUUCGCAUACGCCAUUACUCCAGUAUUAAAAACCGAUGCAUUUAAAUUUACAUUUUUUACGCAGAGUUUAAUUGUAAAAAAAAUAACUUUCAAAAUUUAAGUUAUUAAAUAUUAAUUAAUAAACUGUGAUAAAUUAUUUUGAACUUAUUGAGCUCGAUACUAAAAAUAUAGUUCCGACUUUAUAAAUAUUUCUUGGUAACAUAUUCUUCUUACUGUGGAUUAAGUGAAAAACGUAAGAAAAAAAGGUUGUUAAGUUUUUAAUUACAACUUCUUAGUUUGCUGUUACCAGUAGGUAUAUUUAUCAUCCAGCAUUCAAGUUUAAACUUUGAAAAAAAAAAAUCAUGAAGCUGCAAAUGUACAAGUGUUGCUUGUGGUCUUUAAAAACUGGAGUACUGAUUUUUGGAAUUUUUGAAAUAUUUCGGUUUAUAUUUAUUGUAGCGGUUGUUGGAGUUGAUCUUAAUAAUUUGGGACUAAAUUAUACAGAAGAUGGUGAAGAUGUUUAUGAACCUCGGAUUUUAGAUGAUCCAGAAUUAGUUUAUUUUUUUGUUCCUCUUUGUUUUAUUAUGCUGCUAUUCGCGGUUUUUAUGAUUUGGGGGUCACAAAAGGAUAAUUACAAAUUUAUAAUGCCGCAUUUUUAUGCACAUUUGUUUUUCAUUGUUUCACUCACUAUUACUCAAGUGUACGAUAUUAUUUUAGAAUUUGCUUAUUAUAACAAUUUUGGAAAUGGUCUUUUUGCAAUCGCUAAAGGGUUUCUCGGAGACGCGGCUGAUAUAUAUUUUUGUGUAAUGACGUACAGUCGUAUAAAAGAAAUAAAAAGUGCAAAAAAUAUAAUAUAUCCUCUGAUAUAUUAAAAACCGAAAUUACUAAAAUAACUUCAUUUUUCGUAAUAUUAUACUUGCAUUGCGCUAAUGGAUAUGACGUAUGAUAUUAUUUACAAUUUUUUACAUCAAUUAAUAAUUUUAAAAAUUCAACUUUUUUCACUCCUCCAUUGGGUCACGAUCUGAGCACUUUAGAAUUUCACCAAUUUUUUGAUUUAUCAAAAUGUUUAUAAAUUUAUGACAAAGACAAAUAUAUAAUAUAUCAAUAAAUUUAUUUAAAAAUAAAACUCUUUUAAAGUUAUAAUAGAAUUAAACACUACACAGAAGUCAACAAGAUUAUUUUAUUUAUUAUGGAUGUUGUUUAAAUUCCAUAAAAUUUGAAAUUGAUGAUAAAUUCAGAGUAUCAGGAUCGAAUGAGUCACAUUGUUGAUAAGCACCGAUUUGAAUGAAAACUUAUGUGACAUCGAAAGAAGAAAUAAAUAAUAUUUCCAGCAUGCAGAUGUCUGAAAUGAAUUCAUGAAGAGUCUGCUCCGAAAAGAUGAAAAAUUAACAUAAUGAAAUUGUUUUAAGACACACAGAUUUUAGUGAUACACUUUUACUUUAUUAUUAAAAUAUAAUUGGAGUAUAAUAAUAAAUGUAAUAAAAGCAAUUUUUCAAUUUUAUUAUAAAAGUAUUGA